AUGCGUCCCGGUCAGGUUUUUGUUGUUUAUCGAUCGACGGCUUUACCAAUGGCUAAACCUAAUAUGAAUCGUCGACAAAUUAAAGAUCCAUCUAAUACUGGUGAUCAACGAAUAUGUACAAAAGAAAAUUGUUUAUCAUGUUGCAAAAAAUUUACGGCGUUUAUGUUUUCACGUGUUGGUCUCUUUCUUGUUAUGAUUGGUUAUGUUGCACUUGGUGGUUGGUUAUUUCAAGCAUUGGAAGCUCGUAAUGAACAAGAUAUGCGUCGUUCAAUGAGUGAAAAAUUGAAUUCAACACUGUUUAAAUUAUGGGUUGAAAUCUUACGUGUUAAUUCCUAUCCAUAUAUCGAUAAGAAAGGAAAUUUUACAUUUAAUGCUACACAAGAAUUAGAAAAAUUUGAAGCAACAGUUAUACAACAAGUACAUCAAGGUUUUGAUGGACGAACAAGACCUGAUGCGGAUCCUGAUUGGAAUUAUUUUGGUGCAAUUCUUUAUGCUGUUACACUUGUAUCAACCAUAGGAUAUGGUCAUAUAACAACAAAAACGGUACAAGGAAAAAUUGCAACAAUACUUUACAGUGCAUUUGGUGUACCAUUAAUGAUGCUUUUUGUUGCAAAUAUUGGUUCAACAAUGGCAAAAAUGUUUACAUUUGUAUUUAGUCGUUUAACAAUGAUAUUUUGUUGUCGAUGGAGUAAUAAAAAGAGACGAAAAAGUUUUAAAAAUCGACCUAUAACUGAUCAAAUAUCAUAUAUAGUUGAUGAAAAAUUACCCAUUGAAUCGACCACAUUAAAAUCAAAUUUACAACAAAUACAAGAUGAUAAAAUUUCAUUAGAUAAUAAUAAUGAUCGUACAUCGAAACUUCGUCUUCAAAUGGAUACAAAUUCAUCUCAUACUUCACUUACAAAUGAUAUUAAAAAUCCAUCAAUAGGAGAUAAUAAUAAACAAUUACCAGCAGAUAUACGUUUAAAUAUGUUAACAGGAAUGUCAACCGAAAUAACAAAAUCUCCUUCAUUAGCAUCAUCAACAAGUACAAUUAAUGAACGAUCAAAGGAUGCACUUGUUCGUAUUAAUGAACUUAUUAAACAAAGUUCCGUCCAAGAUAUUUCAGAGAAGCUCGAUGAUGAUGAAGUUUUUAAUGAUAAUAAUAAUAUUAUACUUUCAUCAAUUAAUCAAGAUAAACAACAACAACAACAAUCCGAUGAAAUUAGUCCAAUACAAUUUUAUAUAAAUGAAACAAAUAAAUUAACAAAUAAUAUAGAAAAAACAAUUAAUAGUCCAAGUUUUAUUGAAUCUGAACAAGGAAAAAUAAAUAUUACAAAUUUAGAUGAUAUUAACAUUCAACAACCUGUUAUUGCUAAGGCAUCUUCUCCUCCUCCUACGACAACAACAGCUACGAUCGAUAAUAGUAAUGAAACAAUGAUUAUAACAGAAGAAAAAUCAAAAAAAUCUUCGAAAAAAAAUUUAAAACGUUCAAAAUCGGAAUCAACACACAAUCGUAAAUUAAAGAUAAAAUCUACUAAUAAUAAUUCAAAUUCACCUUCAGUAAGUGAUAAUACUGAAUCAAUAAAAUCUCCUCCUCGUCGACGAUUUUUUCAACGUCGAUUAAAAAAACAAUCAGCACUUGAUGUUGAUAUAGCUAAAACAGGUUCACUUGAACAUAUAACAACUGGUAUAUCAAAUAAAAUAAGUCAAAACUUACCACGAAAAUCUCAAAGUUUCGAUGAACAUUUACGUCCUAUAUCACCUCCACCUGAUUAUGAAGAAUCGGCUAAACGUGACAUAACAACAUUACCAUCAGUAACAUGGAAAUCUGAUAAAGAAUUAUAUUUAAAAAAAGCACCAAUUAAUUUUCGAACACAUACAGAUUUUGAAGAAGAUGAUGAGAUGUAUGAAGAUGAACAAAUGAGUGUACCAUUACUUGUUACUGUUUUUGUCAUUCCGCUUUAUUUAACACUUGGCGCUAUAUUAUUUAAUAUUUGGGAAAAUUGGGGUUUUCUUAAUUCAUUUUAUUUUUGUUUUAUAACAUUAACAACAAUUGGUUUUGGAGAUUAUGUACCUGGUUCAUCAUUAACUGUAUCAGCUGCAAAAGAAAAACUUAUAUCGGCUGCAUUAUAUAUUUUACUUGGUCUUGUACUUAUAGCAAUGUGUUUUAAUUUAAUGAAAGAACAAUUAAGUCAAAAAGUUAAACAAGUAGCUGGUAAAUGGGGAAUCUUGGAUUUUUAG